UCGGAAUGAGCGGCAGACGCGUUCCGGUGCUGUUGACCUUCAGGGAUGUGGCCAUCGAAUUCUCUCAGGAGGAGUGGGAAUGCCUGGACCCUGCUCAGAGGGCCUUGUACAGAGAUGUGAUGUUGGAGACCUACAGGAACCUGCUCUCCCUGGGCAUCUGUCUUUCUGAUCUUAAUAUUUUUUCCAUUUUGAAGCAAGGGAAAGAGCCCUGGGCUGUGGAGGGUGAAGUAAAAUUAGUGAAAAAAACCAGAUGGGGGGAACGUUUCAAAGAUGUGAACACAGCUAAGACAUGGGCUCUAGGUGCGCGGGCUUCAGUAGUUCCGCUGAACAAUGAAGUUGGAUUAAGGUUUCAGUCUCAUCUGGCUGAACUUCAGAAGUUUCAAACCAAAGAGAAAAUUUAUAAAUGCAAGCAAGUUGAGAAGUUGAUCAACAAUAGUUGUUCUGCUCCACCACUUAAAAGAAUUCUUCCUAGUGUCAGCAUCAACAUUUGUAGUAAAUCUGGGAAAAUUUUUGUACAUCCUUCAUUACUUAUACAACAUCAGAGAGCACAUAUUACUGAAAAGCCUUACAAAUGUAAUGAUUGUGGGAAAGCUUUUAGAGAAGGCUCAAACCUCACUAGUCAUCAGAGAAUUCAUUCUGGGCAGAGACCUUACAAAUGUAAUGAAUGUGAUAAAGCCUUUAUCCAAUUUGCAAACCUUGCUAGACAUCGGAGAAUCCAUACCAGAGAGAAACCCUAUAAAUGUAAUAUAUGUGGCAAGAGCUGUAGUCAGAAUUCAAAUCUUGCAAGUCAUCAGAAAAUUCAUACUGGAGAGAAACCUUACAAAUGUAGUGAGUGUGGCAAAGCUUUUUCUGGGAAUUCAAGCCUAACUCAACAUAAGAGAAUCCAUACUGGAGAGAAACCUUAUAAAUGUAACGAAUGUGGGAAGGCUUUUAGAGGAAGCUCGAAUCUCACUAAUCAUCAGAGAAUUCAUUCGGGGCAGAGACCUUACAAAUGUAAUGAGUGUGACAAAUCCUUUAACCGAGUCUCACACCUCACUAGACACCAGAGAAUCCACACGGGAGAGAAACCAUAUAAAUGUAGUGUAUGUGGCAAGGUCUGUAGUCAACAUUCAAAUCUUGUAAUUCACCAGAGAAUUCAUACAGGAGAGAAACCUUACAAAUGUAAUGAGUGUGGCAAAGCCUUUAUGGAGCGUUCAAGCCUUACUCAACAUAAGAGAAUCCAUAGUGGAGAAAAGCCUUACAAAUGUAAGGAAUGUGGCAAAGCCUUUAACCAGUCCUCUAACCUUGUCAUACAUCAGAUAAUUCAUACUGGAGAGAAGCCUUACAAAUGUAAUGAGUGUGGCAAAGCCUUUAAUGUGUGUUCAAGCCUUACCCGACAUCAAAGAAUCCAUACAGGGGAGAAGCCUUACAGAUGUGAUGAGUGUGGCAAGGCAUUUAGCCAAUUUGCAAACCUUACUAGACAUCAGAAAAUGCAUACUGGAGAGAAACCUCACAAAUGUAAUGUGUGUGGCAAAACCUUUUAUGCAUAUUCAAGCCUUACUCGACACCAAAGAGUCCACAGUGAAUAGAAACUGUAUAAAAGUCACGUAUUUGGCAAAGCCUCUAAGUAGGGCUCACACUUAACUAGACAACAGAAUAUACAUCUUUGAAAGAAAGCACAUAAAUGUAAUGGGUAUGGCAGGGCUUUUAUCCAAAGAUCAAGCCUUAUGUAAUGUUAGAAUUCCUCCUGGAGAGAAACUUUAUAAAUGUAAUGAAUGAGUUAAGCUUUUAUCAAAUGUUCACACUUUUGGGGUCAUGAGAUGAUUCACAUCAGAGGGAAAACAUACGGUCUGACCUUAGGAUUCACCACAGAAUUUAUAUUGUAGAAAAAUCUUAGAAGUAAUGAAUAUGAUAAACUGUUUCACCAUUUUCUUACAACAGGCUGCACAUCAGAUUCA